AUAAAGAGUUUGUUGAAAAGCUAAAGUCACAACCACCAACAAAGGAGAUGAAGCUUCAAUUGAUGCGAGAUAUAGCAGUAGAAUCUGGUAUAAAAUGGAACUCAAGGGAUUUGGAGCAGAAGCUAUAUAAACAACUGAUGUCUGAACAAGACAGGCCCAAGAGUCACAAUGAUAAAGAGCAUAAAUUGUACAAGAAAACAGACGAAUCAACUCAGAGAAAAGAACAUGAAGAUGCUAAAUUUAAUCAUGAGAAUGCGAGGCAACAUACAACUUGUAAAGCGAAAAGGGAACAUCAUUCAUCUUAUGGAAGUAAGAAUAGUUUGCCUAAGGGAAGGGACAGUGACAAACAAAAAAGAGAUAAUUUAAGUCUCGCAUCCAACAGAAAUUUGGAUGACAUAACUCCAAUCAAAGAUGGCAAAAAAGGGAAACAAAAUGAACCAGAUAUGGGUAGCUGUGUAUCUAAAGAAGAAUCUGAUGACAAGAAGCCGUUCUAUUAUAGGUCAUUUCAGCCCCAAGUCAAAGCAUGCAUUACAAACAGCACUUCAGAGGAAUCUCCUAUUGGUUUCACUAGGGAGGCAGAGGGACAUACAGAGAUAAAUCAGAUGAGGGUUCAGAUGGCCAAAAAAGAAGAUACUUGUGUAAAUGAUACACUCAAAAAGCCAAAACCAAAAUCAGUUAGGAGGACACGUCUGCAGCCGAUGCGUGGUUCUGAGGAGGACUCGGAUAGAUUGAAAGGCGAGGAAAAAGGAAAGGGCCUCACUAGUGGAGUGAAAGAUAAUGGAAAACGUGGGAUAAGAAUCACAAAAGGUGAUCAGCGCGACGAAGAGGAAAAGAUGAUGGACAGGCUUUUAAUACACUAUACUCAGAAACAGCUUCAGAAUGAAAUUAAGAAACCAAAACCAGUUGUUAAGCUACCUAAAAUAGCUGAAGUUGACGCUUGUGAAGUUUCAAGGCAGAGUCCAUCAGGCCGAGCAGCAACUACUCCUAUUGAAUUGGAACAUGCUAGUCCAGCACUCAAAGUCAGAGAAGAGGCAAAUUCCUUUGAGCAAGAUAUGUUGAGUCCAAAUGGGCAUAUCCAUCCCAAGCUACCAGACUACGAUGACUUUGUCACUCGACUGGCUGCGUUUAGAGGGAAGUUUAAAGAAUAAUUUUGAAGUUAAUUAGAUGUAUGUCAUUCUUCAUAUUACUAAUGGCUUUCUCAUCAUAUUCUCUGUUAACAAGUUAGCACGUCUAUCAGGAAGUAGUAAAGAAAAUGCUUACCUUAUCAUUUAUUUGUAAAUAGGAAAUUAGUUCUAGAACUUGACUACAGUUUACAAGUUCUUAACAUGAGAGUUACUGAGUAAGAGAAAUGAGUACUCAACUGUAGUCAUAAGGAGACUAACUGAAUUCCAACGUGGAACAUGUAAGUUUUUGACACAGUUACCUACAAAAACGAAACUAUUUAUCCUUGUCUACCCAUUUGU